AUGGGCAGCCCUAUCCUGGUCCCUCCUGCCGUGCAUAGUGACCUUCCUGGCUUGGGCAUUUCUCUCGCCCUACUGUGCACGGCUGUGGCUGUCCAGGGUGAACUCCACUUGACAUUAACGACGUCGAAAGUAGCCUACUUUAAGAGAAAAUAUGCAGAAGAAGAACAUUUACAUCAAGAUUACCAUGAACCUGUUUACUUGCUCUUUACUCCCCAGCACCUGAUACUACCCGAGGACCGGACUUGUAUUCUAAAACUUUCUCUCCAGAAGCUCCAAUUCCUGGACGACCCUGAAGCCUAUCUCCGUAGGUCUGUAUUAAUUAACAAUCUGUUGAGGAAGAUUCACCUAGAGACAGAGAGGGAGAGCUAUGAAUACUUUAAGGAGGCUCCGUGUUAUAGGACUGCUUACUCUGACGCCCGAAAACGGCUGAAGCUGAUGGUGCAGGAGUGCUGUUCCCAGUCUCUCUAUUAUGAAGAGCUGCGUUCGUAUCGCAUCGUGCCUUACUCUGCAGAGAGCGCCGUGUACGGGAUGGGCUACAGCAGCAGCCACUUGGAGCAAAACUCUCAGUUGCUUAUUUAUAAAAUGAAUUAAAGUAGCUGUUAGACCCA